UAACUGUGUAAAAUCCCUUAGCAAAUAGCUCUUUCAAGGUAGUUCCUAAAUGUGUUCUCUGUAGAUAGGUAAUUGUAAUUCCUCUUUGCAGCUGUGUUUUAAUUUGCUGUUGUCCCACGUGCGAUUUAAUUACCACGUAAGUUGCUGGCGAUAUUAAUACCUUUUUAAGUAGUAUAUACUCCUGAGGAGUUAAACUUUUUAAUACUUUGAAUUUUUCCUUUUUUUUUAACAAUUCUAAGUCUAUUUGAAUAAUGGAUACACGCAUCAAGAAAACGGCACAGUUGUUGGACAGCGAUCAGGGUUUGGAAAAAGCUGGGUUGACCAAGAAAUCCAGUCUGCAGGGUGUUCAUCCACCAUGGCAUGACUUUACUAUGUCGCAUCCAGGAUCAGAUAAUGGAUUGCUGGUCACACACAGCAGCAAGAUUCAUGAUAUGCUGAGAGUACAAAUGAAGGAAGUACAGUUUGAAAAGGUGCAAACCUCUGAAGAAUGGCUAAGAAACUACAGUUUAGAAUCCUUGCAAUUAACAUUAGAACAUCUGGUAGAUGAAGGCAAUAUUAUUUUGAAUUUAAGAAAUGGUGUUGAAGAGAUAGAGUUUCCAGAAGAGACUGUUAAAGAUUUUGAGUCCAGACUUUCUGAAGCGAUUGAACUUUACCAGCAGCGAAUUCAGUGGCUGUUGCAGGACAGCAGAAAGGUGUUUGGCCUUAUAAAAGGAACCAAAGUUGGACUUUUGGUUGAUGUGUCUCAUGUAAGCUGUAGACCUAGACUGCUGGAUUUUCAGAAAGAUCUUUUAUGCUUAAUAGAUGAGCAGCUAUGUUAUAAGAAGCAACUGUACUGCCUCUCAUUCAGUGCAGAAAUGUCAGCUCUGUGGGAGAGUCCAAAAAACAUCAAUGUUCAUGUGCUACAUGAAGCAAGACAGUGGAUAAAACAGCUGGAGCCUGGUCGAGGCUGCAAUUUACUGAAAGGCUUAAAACAUGUCUUUACGAUGAAAGAACUCAAUUCUCUGGUUCUUAUUUUAGGAAGCUGCCCUGAUCAGUCUUUGCAAAUUCUGUCUGACUAUGCUCAGCAGUGUAUGCUGGGGAGAAAACUACACCUUCAUGCUGUUACAUAUGAUUGCAGCAGUCCUUCUUCUCUUGCAGUUCUAAAGAACCUUGCAGAAGCUGUAAGAGGCCGUUAUCAUUGUUACUCUUCAAAAGGAGAGAGUUUUGAUAGCAGUGACUUUCAAUUGCUACUUCAGGAAUCCCAGAAGGCCAAGGAUCUACUUCGGAGCAUCAAGCAGACUUUCCAAAGAAGAAUUGGUGACUCACUUACUGGUAGAAUAGCAGAUGUUUCCACAGAAUUUGCAAGUACAGCACCUUGUAGCUUCUUCCCAAAGCCUCCAAAGCACGAAGGACUGUUAGUUAUUCAAACACCAUGCAUCCUGGCCAAAACCUCAAAAGAAUGGUUGAAGACAUAUGGAUUGAAAGCUAGAAAGUUAAACCUUUACCAAGUUCUGGCUCCUAAUGCUUUCUCUCCUGUGGAAGAAUUUGUACCCAUUCUUAGAAAAACAGUAUCAUCAACUCUACAUGAGAAAGCAAUGAUUCAGUUUGAAUGGUAUGAUGGAACUGUGAAAAAUAUCCAUGUUGACCUGCCAGUGUUGUACAACUAUCAGAAACUCCUUGUUAAAAUGGUAAGAAUCUAUGAGAAAAGAAUUGACUGGCUCUCUGUUGCUAGCAGAAGAAUAUGGGGAAGCAUUUGUGAAAGGAGGGUGGUUAUACUUGUUGAUGUAUCAGUGACAAACUCUAUGUACAUCAUCCAUAUCCAACAUUCUUUGCGACUUUUACUUGAAGAACAAAUGUCAAAUAAGGAUUGCUUCAAUAUUAUAGCAUUUGGGAGUGAUAUUGUGCCUUGGCAGCUGGAACUGGUUCCUUCCCAACCAGAAAACUUACAAAAGGCUUGGAGAUGGGUGUUAAGCCUGCAGUGCAAAGGGAGUAGAAAUCUCAUGAGUGCACUGAGGAGAGCUGUAGAAAUAGAUUUCAAAGACAAGGAUAAACACAAAUCACAAGGAAUUUACUUGCUGACUACUGGAACACCUGAUCAGGAAACACACACAAUCAGUGCUUAUGUGGCUGAGGUUUGCAGAGGUUUUGAUUUACAGCUUCAUGUCUGUUUGUUCAGUGUAAUGGAGGAGGUUGACUCUAAUGGGAUCAUUCCAGCUCGCUAUGCUAACCCAACUGAAACUGCAAUUGCUUUUAAAGAAAUAGUACAGAGAGCCAAUGGGAGAUUUCAUUGGUUUGGAGAAGCAGGUAUUUUUGAAAGUGAUGAUAUCACUGUUAUUGUGUCUGAAGUGGAAAAAGCAAACAAGUACUCCCAAAAGUGCGCAGUCCUAGUGGAAUCCUUAAAGCAACGUUCAGUAAAUCAGUCUGUUAAUACAUUUAUACCAGAAGGAGACCCAAACGUGCUUACAAAGAAAGAGAAAAGAAGGCCACAGAAGUUGCCAUCUCCUAAACCCACAGCCCUCAGUCUGGCUAGAAUGUAUAUUAAAGACAACCAUGGUGCAGAGAGAAAUGCUUCCAGAAGAGUACAGGCAUGGCGUCCUACUAGUGCCAAAGCAGAAAUUCCACCAGGUCCAGUAUACCAAAAGUAUCCAAAGGUAAUGUGCAUAGGAAGGUCUGUUCCCUCUGUUACAUUGCCAAACAAAGAGGAAAUCUGUUCAAGCAGAGAGUGGCUAUCCAAAUACAGUAUUAAAAAGCUUAAACUGGAAUUGCCCCGACUGCUGUUUGGUCCAGGCUGUACUCACCACCAGAAAACUCUGACAUCACUGCACAAGAAAGUGUCAGCAAAAUACUGCGCAGUCUUCCCUAGCGUGGAAAUUGAUGGAGUUGUGAAACAUGUGCAGUUUCAACCUAAAGAACUGGAAAUCUACACUGAACAACUGGAGAAAGUGUUGCAGCGAUAUAUAGAAAGAAUACAGUGGCUUCUGUCAGGUACUAGAAGCCGAAGAUUGUUUGGUACCAUUUUAGAAGCAAAUGUCUGUAUUUUGAUUGAUACAUCUGGUUCCAUGGACCCAUAUUUGCCACAUAUCACGAAAGAACUUACCACCCUUAUCUGGGAACAGCUGAGAAAAAAUAAAGUCAGGUUUAACUUGCUGAGAUUUGCUGAAAAUACAGAGACUUGGAAGGAGUGUCUUGUAGAGGCAACUGAUGAAACAUGUCACAGUGCUGUGCAGUGGGUGUCCACAUUCCACGCUCAUGGAAAUACAUGUACCCUUAUGGCUUUACAGAAGGGUCUCAGUUUCCAAGGUAUAGAGGCACUGUAUGUAUUGACUGAUGGAAAACCAGACACCAGCUACAGUCUGACUUUGACAGAAGUUGAAAGAUUGAGAAAGAAACAAGAUAUUAAAAUUCACACCAUUUCUUUUCACUGUGCAGACAGAGGAGCUAAUGAAUUUCUGAAGAAGCUUGCUUCCCAAACAGGAGGGCGCUACCACUGCAGUUUUGGAGAUGUGGAUGGACAAUUAGCAGCACACAGAAUGUUGGCAGAGGGAUUUGAUGAUGAAGAUGCUCCAGUUUUCCCUUACUUUGAAGGAGAUGAUUUAAAGAAGCUUAUUCAAGAAGUAGCAAAAGCUAGAGGUUUCUUAAAGCAGGCAAAAUCUUUGAGGUUAUUACUUCAAAAACGGAAUAUAAACCAAAAGGACAAUUCUGGCUUUUAAAAAAUGCUCAGGAUUAAAUUUUAGAUGAAGAAAAGAUGGAAGAGGUUUGGAGUGGUACCACUAGCCUGCUUCCUUUCAGAGUGUGCUUAAAGCUUACAGCUUCAAAAAGAAAAAGGGAAGAUGUAUUCUUUGUUGUCUCAACUUCUGGAAGAAGUUAUAGAUAAGUGCUGCUGACUUUGUAGGACUCAAAGUAAAUCAAGCCCUGAACACUAAGGGCUUAUGUUUAAACAUAUGUAGAGGAUAUUUUUCAAUAUAACUAAUGCAAAUUUUAAAAGUGCAUGUAUAUUUCUAAUAUAGUUAGUAGUUAUACAGGGUCACAGCUUUUGUUUCUCUUCUAUUCUGCUGCAUCAUACUAAUAAUUGCUUCAAUCAGUUGGUGGUAUGACCAAGAUAACUUUUUUGGCAGUUGGUUUGAGACUUCUUUGCUGGUGCUCAUUAUCCCUAACAGAUGGGACAGGUGGCUGUGAUACUAGAAAGAGAAUUCUUUGUGCUAGUUUUGCAUCAGAAGUUUAAGAAAUAACCUUAGUACAGAAAAAAGGCUUGGAAUGAACGUUUUUGCCACAGAAGUUUACUCAUGUUUAUUUCAACACAUUGUUCUUUGUGUUGGCAGUAGAGAAAGAUUUAGAGUUGGUAACUGAGAAAUCAUCAGACAUACAAAUAAGUAAUGUCUUGUUGCUGAUAAAGCCUGAUUAUGUUUGUAUAACCAGACACUGCCAGUCUUCUAAGCAAUUUUGUUAGGUUCCUAUAUGUUUCCUGUCCUAAAAAGAUAAACAAUGUUUGCUAGUACCAUGUAAGAAAAUGAAGUUUAAGCUAACUACAGUGAUAAAGCAUAUAUUUUUCUAGUUGAUUUACGAAUAUGAAAUACACUUUGCUUUUUUACUGAGAAACUCUGCAAUGACAGCUCAUUGCUAUUUUGUAGAUGUUUACUGUUGUCUUUCAGAGGGUUAAGAGUUCAUCUCAGUUGUUUAAUAUAUGUAAUACUUAAUAAAAAUGGAUUCAGACUGCAAAAUUCAGACACUUGAUCUGAAUUUGUUCAGGAGCCAUUUGCAUGUCUGAGUGCCAGCUGAUGGGAAUGACUGGAUAUACCUUCAUAUGGGAGAUAUCUUUUAUGUCACUCCAUCUGUUUUGUCUCCAUAAGGAAUUCAAAAUUUUCUACCAUAAAAGCCUCUUUUUAGUGUUGUAUGCUCUGCAGCAGCUGACUCCCACUUUCUGUGCUAG